UCACAUAAUAUGGCGGCCUGGACCUAGCUGCGCCGAGGGAGGCUCCGGGUGUCGGGGAAUCGGCGUCCAUCCUUCCCGGCUGGGGUGUCUCGUCGCCCCUGAGCCCCUCCGGCGCCGAGAGGCGGGCCCGAAGGCCGCGAUGGUCGCAGGAGUUGCCCGGCUCUGAGUCAGGCUCCUCGCCACCGGGUUGGGUCCAACCGAACCGCCUCGAUGGAGCUGAGAGUCGGGAACCGGUACCGGCUUGGCCGGAAGAUCGGGAGCGGCUCCUUCGGGGACAUUUACCUGGGAACUGACAUUGCUGCUGGAGAAGAGGUUGCCAUCAAACUGGAAUGUGUGAAAACCAAACAUCCUCAACUCCACAUAGAGAGCAAAAUUUACAAAAUGAUGCAGGGUGGAGUGGGUAUUCCCACAAUCAAAUGGUGUGGUGCCGAAGGUGACUACAAUGUAAUGGUGAUGGAGUUGUUGGGACCAAGCCUGGAAGAUCUCUUUAACUUCUGUUCAAGGAAAUUCAGCCUCAAAACAGUCCUGCUUCUUGCUGACCAAAUGAUUAGUCGAAUAGAAUACAUUCAUUCAAAGAACUUCAUCCACCGAGAUGUAAAGCCUGACAACUUCCUCAUGGGAUUAGGCAAGAAGGGCAAUCUUGUCUAUAUCAUAGAUUUUGGGCUGGCUAAAAAAUACCGAGAUGCUCGAACUCACCAGCACAUUCCGUAUCGUGAAAAUAAAAACUUAACAGGAACUGCCCGCUAUGCCUCCAUCAACACUCAUCUUGGAAUUGAACAAUCUCGCAGAGAUGACUUGGAGUCCUUGGGCUAUGUACUCAUGUAUUUUAACCUGGGCUCCCUCCCCUGGCAGGGAUUGAAAGCAGCCACAAAGAGACAGAAAUAUGAGCGCAUCAGUGAAAAGAAAAUGUCUACACCCAUUGAGGUUUUGUGUAAAGGAUACCCUUCCGAGUUUGCUACGUACUUGAAUUUCUGCCGUUCAUUGCGUUUUGAUGACAAACCAGAUUAUUCUUAUCUAAGACAAUUGUUCAGAAACCUCUUCCACAGACAAGGCUUCUCCUACGAUUAUGUAUUUGAUUGGAACAUGCUCAAAUUUGGAGCCAGCCGAGCAGUUGAAGAUGCAGAGCGUGAACGGAGGGAGAGAGAAGAAAGGCUGAGACAUACACGAAACCCAGCAGUUCGUGGUUUACCAUCCACUGCCUCUGGCAGGCUUAGAGGGACACAAGAUGUAGCCCCACCAACUCCUCUUACCCCAACCUCACAUACUGCGAACACCUCUCCUCGUCCAGUAUCUGGAAUGGAGCGAGAACGGAAAGUGAGUAUGCGAUUGCAUCGUGGUGCCCCUGUCAAUAUCUCCUCGUCUGAUUUAACAGGCCGACAAGAUACCUCACGCAUGUCAACCUCACAGCACUUUUAGAAUCGUCUGCAUAAGUUUAAGAAGUAAAAAAUGGUUUCCAGACUAGCUUUGGGCCUGCAUCAUUGUUAAAAAUAUGAAACUGAGCUAGAUUAGUGAAUGAAUCUGCAUCCUGUGCAGUGAACUGGCAUCUUAACUUUGGGACAGUCACUUUUGACCUCUAAACAUGCUAAUUGCAAUCAUAACUUUUCCUAUGCAGUAUGCACUAUUUUUGUAAAGUAUGUCUAAUGCUUAAAGUACUGGAGUUGAAUUACUGCGUAAGUCACAAAAGAGACUGUAAUAUGAAUGCUGAUUGUACGCAGGUGAGAGUGUUUGAUAGGAUGCAUUGUUGUACAGUUGCGAAGCAGGAUGAGAGUUGACUCAGUAUUGUUACAUUUUUGUUGCUUUCUCUUCCCCUCCCCCCCCCCCCUUUGGAAACUCAUGAUCUGAAGAAAACUACUAACAGACAGCUAUGGGUCUUUCGAGUUUUGUACCUGAUCUAUCCCCCGUUCUCUAAGAGUGUUUGUGGCAUGAAUCCAAAUCUGUCAUUCAAUGCAGGCGCCACCAAUAAGGUAUUCAUCACAUGUAGUCUUGACUUGAAGAAGGAAAAACGGGUCCUCUCUGGGCUCUGUGUUGUUCUUCCCUGUCCAGAAUAGCAGCCAGAGCAAGAUUUGUGAAUUUAGAAGCAAUAACUGAGCUACUGUUUAGAGUUUGAUGCCAGGGUGUAAUGAGGUACAUGUAUGAGAGAGACGGAGAUGCCUGUAUUUCAGAAAGGAAUCAGAACUGUGUCAAGGAACUGGUAGUUUAGAAGAAACAUCAGUGAGUUAGUCUGUGGUUGAACGGUACAGAAACAUGGCUGCUGCAGACAUGUGGAAUGCUUAGACCACCACACUUCUUGUGUCAGUGAAUGAAGAAUGCUAGACAGUGAGCUGAGUAAGGAAGAAGAAUUGGCAGAUUCAUAAUUCAGGAGUUCAUUUGUAGAUUUUUACUAAUAGGAAAUUUUCUGCUGGGUAACAAAUCACUCUUUCCCUCCAAGUUUGUUUUCAGCUUCAUUGUGAUAAAAGUUUCGUAAGUAUAGUAUUAAAGAAGUUAAAAAUUGAGACCAUUCUAUAUUAAAUCUGCUUCUUAGCCAAAACUAAUAAAGCUUUCUUGCUAAUGCCACAUUUUAAAGUUUCCGUUCAUGACCGUGCUUGAAGAUACGUAACCUGAAGCAUCAGAGUAUUUGAACCAAGACUCCAAAAUUCUAAUAGUCACUGAUGCAAACGACAAAAAUCUGUUGAGCAGACAACAGCCCUAAUUAGAAGAAUGUGGAAUAUGAAGAUUGCAGCUCUGUGGAAAUGCAGAUUGUGAUCCAACAUGAAUAUCUGCACUAGCACGCAAAAAUAUUACUAUAAUGUACUGGAUUGAAUCCUGCAGAGUUUUUCCACAAGCAGGAGGAGGGAAGAUUUUGACUGAUUCCCUAACCUCAGACUCGACCUUCAUGCUGUUCCUGGGGGUUCCCUAUCCCCCCCCCCCGGAAACCGUAUUUCAUGGGCACGGUAUUUGAGUCUGCAAAAGCAGCGAAGUCACACUCUCCUGAUAGAAAUCCUUCCAUUAGCAGAAAUUUUCGGCAGGAUCGCAACAAAAGAAUCUGCAGAAUGAAAUAGUCAGGUUUUCAAAGAGGGUUUUAAGGUAACCCUAAUUCUGCAUAUUACGAUCAACAGGAAUACGUUCCUUCUGUACCCCUUGCUUUCUUUGCAGCCUUUUGCUCGCUUCACGUGCAGGUAAAGGUUGGCUGUCGAAUAUGUUUCUGAACAUACUCAUUGUUAAUGCCCAACUCACGAGGUGACAACCACACCAGAAAAUGAGGGGAAAUCCUGUAAACCAUUUUUAACUUGCUAAGAUGAUACGGCUUGACCUCAUACGUGACAUUCUGAACAGGUAUGCAGGACGGGGCAGGGAAAGAAGUUUCUGCUUAAGGUUUGAAUGAGAAUGUAUUGUGGGCAUGUACAGAAGCUUGCUGAGCUUGAGAUUCUCUGUUAUCCUUCCUUGUUGUAAAGCCAGGUUCCUGCAGACCUUGAAGGAAGAGGAAGAAAGUGCGUAUUUUAACCACUUAAAUUACCUGAAAUAAAGCACUUUUAGACUCUGGAAUCUAAUGACUUGCUUUCCUUUGUAUGGGGGCAUUUGAAGCUCAGCAAGCUGUGCUGUAUUGAAUAGCUACCAAGCGUUCCAUUUAAGAAGGCACUAAACUUCCAGCCAGUGUUGUUUAGACCUUAGGCCGGGAUUUUUCUAGGGUAUUUCUAUAUAUGAGGAAGGAUUUUGUGUUGUAUGCUUGGGAGAAAGAUAAAGCAAAGUCGCCACUCUUUUGCUAAACGGCUAUGUCAAAAGCUGAUGUGAAAUUUGCAUGAGCAGUGGGCAAAACGUGAUGCAAGUAAUUACAGACAGAAAGUGCAGUUUAUUAAAUAACAGCUUUUCUAUGUGGCUGGUGUUUUUGUUCAAAGAUAAUGGUCAGACUUUGACACCCUUUGAUGAAAAAGGUCGUGUUCCAGAGAACAGUAUUCCUCAUAUAUGCACAAAAGUUUCCAGGAAACUAACCGCACCUUUGAAAUUUGUCACACAGCUGGGGCGAGAAGCUGUUAGUUACUCUGUGGCAAGCAGCCAAGUAGCAUAUAGCAUCAACCUACGCUCACUUUGCCAGCAUAGCGUUCUUCUGUGCAUCCCACGCUAGGGGAACACAGCACAGUUGUGUUUGUGGUUUUCUGAUCUGUUCUCAAAGGGUUGGUAAUUCUCUGUGUGCCUGCAUUUCUUUUGUUGUCUGGAUUUAGUAGCAAGAGACUGGCAGUUACCAUAAUGUAGUGUUGUAUUUCCCAGUGGCGACGUGCAUAGCACAGUGCUGUACCAUGAGAACUGGUGGCAGUGGUGGAGAGUGCCCUCAAGUCAUAGCUGACUUAUGGCAACCCCUGGUAGGGUUUUUAUGACAAGAGACUUACAGAGGUGGUUUGCCGUUGCCUGCCUCCGCAACCCUGGUCUUCGUUGGAGGACUCCUGUCCAGUUACUAACCAAGGCCGACCCUGCUUAGCUUCCAGAGUCUGCCGAGACUGGGCUUGCCUGGACUAUCCAGGUCAGGGCACCGUGGGAACUAGGGAGGAAGAAAAAGAGGUGUAAAAGUUGGAACAGGUGUGGGGGGGGAGUGGGUUGGCCUGUCCUUGACAAUUAGGUUUUACAAAUUCUCUUCUUUUUUCUGCAAAUUUUUGUGUACGUGGAAAGAGUCCUACUGCUUUGCUCCACUAGUAUUUUUGGACCAACUCUGCAAAAGGGAAAACCCUUGAUACCACUGUAAAAGUUUUCUUCAGAUUUGAAUUCAUUGUCCGGGAGGUCCCCGCUCUCAUUGUGGGCCAAAUGCAGUCUACAUGCUGCAUGUUUUUGCUGGUCAGCUUUCCAGCUUCUUUUGAUAGAAAUUGUUAGCCUGUUUUGUUAAUGAUAUUUUCUUAUAUCAAUAACCCGAGCACAGAGGCCCCAGCCAGAGUUCUAGAGCACUUCAUACAUGGUUAAAUGAUGCAAAUUCUUCCCCUAAGUCCCCUGUUAAUAUUUGUUCUGUCAGCAUUAAGUCCCUGUAAUGAUACUUUAUGGCCAACAUUAACUAUUUCCUUGG